UGUCCAAAUGACGAUAUUGCUUGUAAUUUGGCUGCCUUCACAUAGUUAUGAGUUUGGGAGCAGCCGCCACAGAGGACGACCGCGAAUUGAUAGCUAGGCUGUUUGGGGCAAUUGGCAAGAUACGGAAAGCUGAUGAGAAACUAGCUGAUGUGAUAACUGGCCUGAGUGGCAGCGGCCCAGCAUAUAUUUACUUGGCAAUAGAGGCUUUGGUUGAUGGAGGGGUGGCGGCAGGUUUACCAAGGGAACUUGCGUUGGGUCUAGCUUCUCAAACUGUACUAGGAGCAGCGUCUAUCAUUAGCAAAGGAGGGAAGCAUCCAGGUCAGCUUAAAGAUGAUGUUGCAUCACCUGGUGGAACCACCAUUGCCGGUAUUCAUGAGUUGGAGAAGGGUGGGUUUCGUGGGAUCUUGAUGAAUGCUGUUGUUGCCGCCACCAAACGUAGCCAAGAAUUUUCCAAGAGAGAGUUUUUGACUCUGCUUCAGCGACUAAUUUUUGCUGGUAAGCCAACUCAAAAAAUUUAUAUGCAAUUUGAAGAGGUGAUGCGGUCAAAUUGAUGGCAGACAUGCAAGAUCAAUUGUUUUCAGUGAUUGGUAGUAUUAGGAGGUUUUAGGAUGAUGUUGCGGUUUUCUUUUUAGUGAUUGGAUUUCAGCUUUAUUAGGAGAAGGUAUCUAUGUCAGGUGGAGAGAUUACUUGGUUUAUUUUUAGAGGGUUUAGUGAUUUAAGCUCUAUUUUCUGUCCGCAAACUCACUGAAUUAAUAAAGGAUGUGAUUCCAACGUAAAUUUGUUGGAGAUCUUUUAAUCAA